AUGAAUGGUCCUUGUAAACAUUGGCUCACUCUCCGUGGGGAAUGCUGCGAAUGCAGAUCAUACUUAAAGCGUAUUACGCUUCCGACAGGGUUAAGGGAUACAAGUUUCCCUGAGUGCCGCCACUGGGUUGCUCAACAAGGAGUCUGUCGCCGAUGCGGUGAAGAGGUGGACGAAAGAGAUGGUAUACCAUUCGAUUACAUCGCCGAGAGAACUCAGCUGAGCCGGGAAUACGUAACAGCAAUGAAGAGGCAAAAUUCUAGUAUCGGGUAUGGGCAGAGGAAGCUUCACUUAGUCCUCAAUCUCCGCACCACACUUUUGGACAGCUGUUACAUCUCCAGGCUUGCAGACGGAGAUAAACAUCUGGUGGAACAGGUUGGCAUAAGGGAUGAUCUGAGGCGUUUCUCCAAGAGGUAUGCGUGUAGUGACGUGUUGGUCAAGUUAAGGCCUUUCUUUGACCAGUUCCUGCUCGAAGCAGACGAGCUGUUUGUAAUGCAUGUCUAUACGAAACUUGGCCGAAGCGACAGCCGCAAACUGGUUAAGAUGCUUGAUCCGCUAGGUAUAUUCUUUGGGCGGCGAGUCAUCGUCCGUGAAGACAGUCUUGAUGAACGCAAGACUCUUGGUCUCGUGUUGGCUCAACAAAGUGGCGUUGUAAUCGUUGACUGGGAUAGACGAGCGUGGGAGCCCAAAGAUAGAAGGAAUUUGGUUCAAAUCAAGCCCUACAGAUAUUUCAAACAUAACCCUCAUGGAACGCUCAGCAUCCUUUUCAAUUUUCUCAAAAACAAACUGUUUAAAGUUGACUCAAGUCCUGAGCAAAAGAUGCUUGAUGAUCAAGACACGUCUUUGAUGGAUCUUCUCAAAUCCCUUAAGGAUAUUCACCGCAGAUUUUUUAAUGGCCCAUCUUACGACGUUAGGGCGUUGCUAAAUCCAUGA